CGAUUCUGCUUCUGCUCCUGCUCCUGCUCCUGCUUCUACAACUCCAAUUUCACAACUCACGAUCGCCUCCCUCUCGCCGGGAAUCCAAAUCCCAUGUCCUCCCCCGCCCCGCCGCCUGCAUGAUCCGCCCCAAAUGGCUCGCCCACGCCAAGGCGCUCUCCCCGGCCGCUGCUCCGCAAACCAGACUCCUGUCCACCUCGAUUGCAGCCGCUUUCAACGGGCCCAGCCGUAACAGCGGCGAUGACAGCCAAUGGACCAUCCCCGGUAUCAAGGCCGCCAAGACCACCGCAACAACGAUAUCGACGACGUUUACUCCUCCAACAUUCAACGCUUCAAAGCCCAAAGCGCCAAAACCCAAUGAUGAGUUCGCGCAGUGGCGGAAGCCCCGCGCUCAGUCUCCCGCUCCCGCGAAGCUCUCCCCUCAUAAACACAUGAGCCGCAAACGAUCUGGUCGUGAGAUCUCCAACGACGACAGCCUCCAGAGACACAUGCUUGUCGUCAAGGGAUUGAGCCCCAGCUUGCGGCCAAGCGACUUUGCCCGCCUUGCCGCUCGCGACCUUUCCGACUGGAGCUCUGGAAUCAACGAAGUCCACCAGGAACGCGACCCUUGGACCCUCGAUCCCCUCGGCACCUACCGCAUCUCGUUCGCGUCGCACGCCGCCGCCAUCGUUUACCAGGCAAAGCUCGACCGCCUCCUCGUCCUCGCCCAGCUCAAGCUGCACUCCAAGACCGGCCUGUGGACCAACUCGGUCCCCGCCCACCUCCGCAGCUCGGCCGCCACCCCGGAGGAGGAAGUCCAAGAUUUCACCCUCGCCCCGGGCUCCUACGUCCCCCAAGAUCCCGGCCUCAAUGCCCGCUUCUCCCGUGUCAAGGGCAAAUGGCCGUGGCAGCGCCUCGUCGACAAGCUCAUCCGCCGGUCAGGCUUCACCGUCGAGCCCGCCGUAGUCCUCCUUCACAUGCACCACUCCGCCAUCUCCGCCACCGACCUACAAGCCUUCAUCGAUUCCGAUAGCCAAGCUCGCAACGAGCCCUGGGCUACUAGCAAACCAUAUCACCUAACCACCACCCUCCACGAGAACCAGGACCUCCUAACCCAUGACAACACCCGCGUAGCCCUUCGGGAUGACCACGCCUUCCGCCAGAAACUGCGGAACCGUUUCGUCAUUGUCUGCAAGUCUCCUGAUAUCGCUUGGCGCUUCAUCCGUAGCUGGAACCAGCGCACACUCACGCGAGAAGUCGAAGGUCAGACCCAACGGACAGUGCUCACGGCAUCAUUCAUAGACGUGUAACGAUAAAACUAGUAAUCAACCAGGCCAAGAAAAAAAUUAUAAUAAUAAAAA